AAGCCCUUUUUUUUAUUAUUUAUUUAUUUUGUGUUUGUUUUGGCAUUCCGUGGUAAUUAGGACCCAGCCUCUUAAUCUGGAAACUCCAGUGAUAUCAUAAUCGAGGAGGAGAGACAAGACAGAAAGUGAAAGUAAAUAUGUCAUUAAGAGUCAGCCUGGGAUCACAGCGGACUCACACGGCAGACAAACGCACGUGUAUGGUCACAGCGGCAGCAUGUCAUGGAGAUACCUGAGCCACCUGCUUCUCUUGGUGGGCCUGACUUUGAUCGACCCAUCGGAGGAGGGAUGCCUCGACUAUUUUAAAAUGGAUUCAUGGACCGAGUACGCAAGCCUGACUGACCCGGUCGACCUAGUGAUGCUCAACAACACCAAGGACAUCAUGGAAUGUUCUGUGGAGAGGGCGUACCUACAGAGUUUAAGCAGAACCAAAAAUCUAAAUUUAUUCUACAUACUGAAGCACUGCUUCGACAGAUCAAACGUUUCAGGGAUAAGUGAAAAGUGUCGAGGGGAAACUUCAGAGGAGAUCCUGUUCUAUCACUUCAUGUGCUGGACGGCCAAAGCAGUAGAAAUCGACGUGCCUCCCGACUACUGCAGCGACUACGGGACUUUAUGCAGCAUCUAUGCAGAGAUUUCAUUCCCCAUCACCGUUGGUUCACAGAAGUACAACAAAGGUUCAACAGAUACACGUGACACAGACAUCUUGAACCUGAAGAUUUUACUGGUGAUUUCUGUGAUACUGAACGUCACCGUGCCGGUCAUCGUUUACCUGCGAAUGCGUCUCCAGAAAAAGCAGCAGAUGGCAAACGGAGCCUGGAUCUGGUCAGACACAGACCCGAAGCCAAAUGGAAAUGUGGAAAUGGUUCCAUUGCAGAAUGACGCCUAAAUUCAGCUGUGACUGAGAACAACACCAACAUCUGCACUCUUCUGUAUAUUCUUCACGCAUCGCAGCUGUGAAAUGGAACACAGUAUUAUUGCCUCGGGGCCCACGUUGGAAAGGAUCAACCGAAAGGCAAAGUCUCACUUCAACUGGGAAGACAAGUGAGAGUUACCAUGCGGCAGCAUGCCAGCUGGCUGAGCCACAAUGCCGUCCCUGCCAAGCACUGUGUGUCCAAAGUGCAACAAAGACCUCCUCAAAGUCUCAACUGAGUUUGUGAAUUUUAAGGAAGUCUGCUGGGAGAAGCUUGUUUUUCUCCCAUGUUAUUUUGAAGAGCAAACUGGGAAAUGUUGAAGCAGGAAUGUUGGUGUAUUAAUGAGGCAGACAAGAGCUAGAGAGCAGCAGGGCGAAGUACACUUCUUAAUAUUUGAUGUGCAACCUUGGCAACAUUUGUAAAAUGUGGCAGCGUGAAGGCCUCAGCAGAGUUCUUACCGGUAAUGUGUUGUUGUUCUUGGCAAAGCCAAUUUAUUGUGAUGUGCAGCUUACACUUCUGGAUUGUCUACACUGUGUCAAUGAGUGCUUUGUGUCACAUCAACCAACCUAUCAGAUAGGAAUCACAAAAACCACGAUAAAGUCGACUCAGCCUUUUACUUCUAGGAUCACCUCCUCUGUCUUAACUUUCUGCGUCCAGCUGUCCAACUUCAGCACAUAAAGCAUGCGUGUGCAGUGAUCAGUGUGUGUUGGUUGCUCAGGUUUUAUUUUAUGUUGUUUUCCAUCCUGUGCUUUCAAAUUGACUGUGAUGAGGAUGCAAGUGAAAAGCCGACUGUGCAUCCAUGAAAUGAAAUCUGAAUAACUCUCAGAUGCGUCUUUUUUUCAUUGUGAUACACUGCAAAGCUAGCCAGCAUGAUUAUGCUAUGCCACCUCUCCUGCAAAAAUGUGAUUAAAAAUAGGUGCAUGUUGUUGUUCUGGAUAGGUUCUCCUCCAUCAGGCUCAUACAACUAAACUUCCUAAAGUUAUUGUGUUGAAUAUCUUAGCAUCAUAGAAGAUGAACUAAUACUGUGCACAUACUCGUUUGCAUGUGACAAGUGGUCGUCAAACACACACAGUGUCAAAUUAUUCACCAGUCAGUCAGUGUCAGUAGGAAUGUGAUGCAUGUAGAUCCGUGUGUGUGUGACUUUGUGAUUGUGUGGGUUAAAGCGGAUCUUUACCAUCUUCUACAGCAGGUUCUGUAGGUCUGUGCCAGUGUUGGAAACUGAGCCAGCGAUCCCGUGAACCAGUUUAAUGAACACCUUAAGUUCUCAGGUGUGCACGCUCCAGGUGCCACACUGUAAGAGCACUUAAGCUCUUGUAGGAGUUCUCCUGCUGUUGUUGUUGUGACAAGUCUCGGCUACUAUGGUUUCUAAAGACUCCAAAGCUUUCUAGUGCUGAUGGAAUGAAGACUGAUUUCCAGUCUCCUUAAGUACAAGAUCAGCCUCUUUGUUCUGCCAUUCAUGGGAAACGCUGUGGAGCUCCCGCGCCGCUCUGCCUUGUUUGUCUUGUGGUUUCACAGUGUUUGUCUUUCAAUGCAUUUACUUUCUGUUCAGCCAUUUACAAGAUGUACUUAUUUUUGCAUGUUUUUAAAGCCAUCUAUUUAUUGUGUCAGAGUAGGAGUGUGUGUGUGUGUGUGUGUGCUUGGUUUUGAACAUGCAGCUAGGAUGUGCCGUCCCUGUUUAGACUGAUGAUAAUGCACAGACUGAAUUGUGAGAACACUGAGAGAGCAGGAAUCAUGUUAUAUGCUAUGAUCGCCUUCUGUGUGGAAGUCCAGCCAUAUACAUGAGUAAAAAAAAAGAAAAAAUACAUCUUAAAAAAAACACCAGGUUUGGAACACUAGGACUUGUAUGUUGACUUUGGAACAGGAAGAUUGUAUUUUUCAUUUUGGCAGCAUAAGUGUGAAAUAGUAAAGUAACAGAACAGCUCAGCUGUCACCUGGUCGUAUAUUUUUUGUCAGUGUUAUAUGUAUUUUUUGUACCAUCUUUAUUCUGUAAAAGGAAAAAAAAAA